GUGAUUUUACUGGACGCAACCUAGAAAGUCCAUUAGAGUUGUCAAAAUAUAUGGAGCAAGAAGAUAUAGAUUUAGAAAGUAGGCGCAACUCAGCAGAUUAUCUUGUCCUACUGAUUAGAGGUAAGUUUGUCGAUUCUGAUGCAGAAUGAUCUGCGCAUGAUCAUGAUGGUGCUCAGAGAACGAGCUCUCGGUUAAUCCUGGAAAAACGGAGAUUAUUCUUUUUUAGGAGUAUGGUGCCUUGCAACUUCAAGCUUCCUAGCUUGUUUGGGAUUGGGCUCGUUCUAUCCGCGCAAGUCCGAUAUGUCCGUGUGAUACAGGACCGCAAACUCUGGAAUAAACACAUUGAGGCCCAAUCGAGUUAGGCUAAUGUAAUUUUUUGGGUCUACUUUAAGGGUACUUGGUAAGGGAUGGGGCUUCAACCACACAUUAUGCACUGGUUGUACUCUGUACUGGUGAGGUAUCUCUGGUGUAGUGGACUUGUGGACUUCCAUGGGGAAGAACUGUAGCCGCACCAUUAUGACUAAAUGCCCAAAGAAAAGCCUCUCUAAGCAUUACAGGCGCUUUGAGAUCCACCCCUACGGUAGCCAUGGAAUGUCUGUUGGGUUUACCUUUCUUACACCUUGUAAUUACAGAGAUGGCUAUGAAGACAUCUCUUAGAGUCUGGGAACAGGGACAAUGGCGUGACAAUGGACUGUUUAGGGGCGAGGGCUCUCAAGAUGGUGGAGGAUGUCAAUGCGUCCCUCCUCCACAGAGGGGACCGCACGGGCACCAGCUUUUACUUCGCCGAACCCUACACGGCAAUUGUUCCUGAUAGAGGACCUACGGUCUACACCAAACAGGCUUCUUGUGCCUGAAGGUCCCACUUGGUUCACUGAUGCCUCUGUGCUGUCCACAAGAAUCAUAGUGGGAAUUGUGGGACCUUGUUUUAACCUGUCCAUCCUCCUAGGGAAGGAUUAUACUCCGAAAAACACAUCUAUAUGUUGUGAGAGUCAGGCAACCCCGAAACCCCUUUCAAAGGAAAAGGUUAACUCAUAUUCAGUAAGGGAAUGCAAGGAAGUUCUGCGCGAGCUGGGCUCCAGUAACGUUGUAAACGUUAUUUGGUGUCGGGCGCACUCGGGGCGUCCUGGAAACGAGAAGGCAGACAUACUUGCUAUGCGGGGGGGCCGCUAACUUUUGUUGUUCCGGCAAUUACUGACUACCUAUUAAACAAACAUUCAAAAAAUGGGACUGACUGGUUGCUCCCGGAUGCAGGAGCACUGAUGAAACUGUUGAACCUAUUCUGUUCCAUCUGCAAAAACCUUGUACAGUUAAAAGGAUGACACAGAUGGAAACACAACACCCACUAUGGUAAGGGUAAGAGGAAACCUUAUCUGUCUACGCUUAGUUUUUCGUUCGCCUGUCUCAGGGCUCGAGUCUCUUCAACUACAAGCGGACAAACAAUGGGUCACUAAGCCUAGUUCAGCCCGGUUUGGCAGUGCACGUAAAAGAAGAGAAGGAGUAAUUCAGCAAUUUUAGGGAAACGCGAUUACGUCGAUGGAGGCUAAUGUCAAGAUAAAUUGACAGAAUUGGUAUUGUCCGCAGUGACGCAGCAUAGACAAUGGGUAAAAUUAGAAAGAAAUUAAUUUAGAAUAACUUCUUUUGUGCAACAACACGGUUCAUUUAAUGAGUAAGUCGCAAGAAGUGCUGCAGAUACUUUCAUGACUUAAAAGAGUUAGUGGAGUCCAACAAAUUUAAAUUAUUGAAUUGAUGUGGCUGAUUCUCGAUGAAAAUCCAUAAUUGAACUUGAAACAGAUUUUACUAUUUUCACAAAAUAAGUUUUCAAACCACAACACAUAUUUCACUAU